CUAUCUCUGUUAUCUCUAGGUGACCCCUUUCUCUUCGGUUUCAAUUGGGGUCGCCCAAAAUCACAAAAAAAGAAGAAAAUUUUUGAAAGAAGAAAGAAAAACCCAAAAAUCUCACUAAAUUAUUAGUCAACUUUGAUUCAAAAAAGUUAUUUUCCCCCAUUUUUUUGGAUAUAUUUUUCAACCAUGUCGGAAAUGGCCAACACCGAUCCGGAAGGAAUAGACGCCGUGCGAAUGACGUGGAACGUUUGGCCGCGUACCAAAGUCGAAGCCAGCAAGUGUGUGGUACCGUUGGCGGCUACCAUCUCUCCGAUCCGCUCGCAUCCGGACAUCCCCACUCUCCCUUACGCGCCUCUACGGUGCAGGACGUGUACGGCUGCUCUCAACGCCUUCGCGCGCGUUGACUUUACCGCCAAGAUCUGGAUCUGCCCUUUCUGUUACCAGCGCAACCAUUUCCCGCCUCACUACGCCAUGAUCUCCGAGACGAACCUCCCGUGCGAACUCUACCCGCAGUACACCACCGUGCAAUACGCGCUCUAUCCCGAUCCGAACAACCCUGCCAGUGCUCCUCAAUUUCCGCCGGUGUUUGUAUUCGUGUUGGAUACUUGCAUGAUCGAGGAAGAGCUUGGGUUUGUCAAAUCAGCGAUGAAGCAGGCGAUUGGGUUGUUGCCAGAAAACGCGCUUGUUGGGUUCGUUUCGUUUGGGACUCAAGCUCAUGUCCAUGAAUUGGGGUUCUCGGAUAUGUCGAAGGUCUAUGUUUUCAGGGGUAGUAAGGAGGUUUCCAAAGAGCAGGUGUUGGAGCAGUUGGGCCUUGGUGCUUCCGGUCGGCGGCCAACUCCCGGGCAUCCGAAAGGCCUACAAAAUGGGUACACGGAUACUGGUGUUAAUAGGUUCUUAUUGCCUGCUGCUGAUUGUGAAUUCACGCUGAAUUCGUUGUUGGAUGAGUUACACACGGAUCAAUGGCCUGUAAAAGCGGGGCAGAGAGCUUUAAGGUGCACCGGGGUUGCCUUAAGUGUUGCAGCUGGAUUGCUUGGAGCAUGCAUGCCAGGUACUGGUGCUCGGAUUGUUGCCCUGGUUGGUGGUCCAUGUACUGAAGGUCCUGGGACGAUUGUAUCAGAAGAUUUGUCGGAGCCUGUGCGUUCCCAUAAAGAUCUUGAUAAGGAUGCUGUUCCUUAUUUUAAGAAAGCCGUCAAAUUCUAUGAUAGUCUUGCUAAACAGUUGGUUAGCCAGGGUCAUGUUCUCGACCUUUUUGCAUCAGCACUUGAUCAGGUUGGGGUUGCUGAAAUGAAAGUUGCAGUUGAGAGAACAGGUGGCCUUGUUGUUCUAGCAGAAAGUUUUGGUCAUCCUGUAUUCAAAGAUUCUUUCAAGCGCAUGUUUGAGGAUGGGGAACAGUCUCUUGGCCUCUGUUUUAAUGGCACCCUUGAGAUCAACUGUUCUAAAGACAUCAAGAUCCAGGGGGUUAUUGGGCCUUGCACAUCUUUGGAGAAGAAAGGACCUAAUGUUGCUGACACAGUCAUUGGUGAGGGGAACACUACAGCAUGGAAAAUGUGUGGUCUUGACAAGAGUACUUGUUUGACGGUUUUAUUUGAUCUUUCAUCUAGUGACCGAUCAAAUGCUCCUGGAGUUGCAAAUCCACAGCUCUAUUUGCAGUUUCUUACAAGCUAUCAAGACCCUGACGGUAAAACAAUGCUUCGAGUUACAACUGUGACUAGACAAUGGGUAGACAGUGCUGUUAGUUCAGAGGAACUAAUUCAAGGUUUUGAUCAAGAGACUGCGGCUGUUGUAAUGGCAAGAGUAACCUCCCAGAAAAUGGAGAUGGAGGAGGGGUUUGAUGCUACAAGGUGGCUAGACCGGAAUCUCAUUCGACUUUGUUCCAAAUUUGGCGACUAUCGAAAGGAUGAUCCAUCAUCUUUUACAUUAAACCCUUGUUUUUCUUUGUUUCCUCAGUUUAUGUUUAAUCUGCGACGAUCACAAUUUAUGCAGGUUUUUAACAAUAGUCCAGAUGAAACUGCCUAUUUUCGCAUGUUAUUAAACAGGGAAAAUAUUACAAAUGCUGCUGUCAUGAUUCAACCAUCAUUAAUAGCAUAUUCAUUUAACUCGCUACCCCAGCCAGCGUUAUUGGAUGUGGCCUCCAUUUCAGCUGAUCGUAUUCUCUUGCUGGAUUCAUAUUUUAGUAUUGUAAUUUUCCAUGGCAUGACGAUAGCACAAUGGCGCAACAUGGGUUACCAGAACCAGCCUGAACACCAGGCCUUUGCACAGCUUUUGCAAGCACCCCAGACGGAUGCACAAAUGAUUAUUCGGGAUCGCUUCCCUGUCCCUAGAUUGGUUGUAUGUGAUCAACAUGGAUCCCAGGCUAGAUUUUUAUUGGCGAAGUUGAACCCGUCAGCAACAUACAAUAAUGCAAAUGAAAUGGCUGCUGGAUCAGAUGUAAUCUUUACGGAUGAUGUAAGCUUACAAGUCUUCUUCGAGCAUCUCCAGAAAUUGGCUGUACAAUCUUGAUCUUCGAAGAUAGUUGGAAGGCUUGUGAUUUCUGGAUUCGUCAUGAGUUCUGUAUCCUGAUCCCCACUCUUGCAUCAGUUCUUUUUACCUUUUCCAUUGAAUUUACGAAUGAGGCAUCGAUCACCAUCACAGUAUUUGAUAAAAACAAGGGAUACAGUUAGCACCGUAUUGACCCUUUGAGGGUUUCCGGGAAGUUAUCUGGUCAAUAAGCGUAGCAUCAAAGAGGUCAGUUGAGUUGUUUUUCUUAAAAAAAUUACAGGGAAGUUAUUGGUGAGGAUUUAUUCAAUUAGGAACAUAUUUUGACAGAACAAUUUUGUUCUCUUUUUGGGAUAUUGAAUACAGAUGAGGUGUGUGUAUUUGUGUA